AGUCACGACACGUCGUAAGUGAAGUGUCGCAACGCGGAGGCCUCCGGUGGACGGUCCACGGGUGGGGAGCCUGCCGUCAGCUCAGGCCGCGAUGGCGACCGCGUUGGGGCCAGAGAUCCGCGAGAAGUUCCAGGCGGCGCUGGCCCUGUCGCGGGUGGAGCUGCACAAGAACCCGGAGAAGGAGCCGUACAAGUCCAAGUACGGCGCGCGCGCGCUGUUGGAGGAGGUGCGGGCGCUGCUGGGCCCGGCGCCGGAGGACGACGACGAGCGGCCUGCGGACGAUGGGCCGGGGGACCAGGCCUUGGGCGCGGGCGAGCCACGGGAUGCCGAGGGCCCGGGAGCGCAGCGGGUGCUGCGCCUCGCGGUGGUCGAGUUCCACCUCGGCGUGAACCACAUCGACACGGAGGAACUGUCUGCUGGAGAGGAGCAUCUGGUCAGAUGUCUGUCGCUGCUGCGCCCCUACCGCCUGUCGCUCGGCUGUGUGUCUCUCUACAUCCAGGCGCAGAAUAACCUGGGCAUCCUGUGGUCAGAAAGGGAAGAGAUCGAAACUGCCCGGACCUACCUGGAGUCAUCCGAAGCACUGUACAAUCAGUACAUGAAAGAGAUUGGGAGCCCGCCUCUUGACCCGACUGAGCAUUUUCUUCCUGAAGAAGAGAAACUUACUGAACAAGAGAGAUCAAAAAGAUUUGAGAAGGUUUAUACUCAUAACCUAUAUUACCUGGCUCAAGUCUACCAGCACAUGGAAAUGUUCGAAAAGGCCGCUCAUUAUUGCCAUAGCACGCUAAAACGCCAGCUCGAACACAGUGCCUACCAUCCCAUGGAGUGGGCCAUCAACGCCGCCACGCUGUCACAGUUCUACAUCAACAAGCUCUGUUUCAUGGAAGCCAGACAUUGUCUGUCAGCUGCUAAUGUUAUUUUUGGUCAAACUGGAAAAAUCCCAGCUACAGAAGACACUCCUGAAGCUGAAGGAGACCUGCCAGAGCUUUACCAUCAAAGGAAAGGGGAAAUAGCAAGAUGCUGGAUCAAGUACUGCCUGGCUCUGAUGCAGAACGCACAGCUCUCCAUGCAGGACAACAUAGGAGAGCUGGAUCUUGACAAGCAGUCGGAGCUCCGAGCUCUGAGGAAGAAAGAGCUGGAUGAAGAGGAGAGUGUCAGGAAAAGGGCUGUGCAGUUUGGAACCGGGGAGCUGUGUGACGCCAUCUCUGCAGUAGAGGAGAAAGUGAGAUACUUGAGGCCCUUAGAUUUUGAGGAAGCCAGGGAACUUUUCCUGCUGGGUCAGCACUAUGUGUAUGAGGCCAAAGAGUUCUUCCAGAUUGAUGGGUAUGUCACUGACCACAUUGAAGUUGUCCAGGACCACAGCGCCCUGUUCAAGGUGCUUGCAUUCUUUGAGGCUGACAUGGAGAGGCGGUGCAAGAUGCACAAACGCAGAAUAGCCAUGCUAGAGCCCCUGACUGUGGACCUGAACCCACAGUUCUACCUGUUGGUCAACAGGCAGAUUCAGUUUGAAGUCGCACACGCUUACUAUGACAUGAUGGACUUGAAGGUAGCCAUCGCUGACAAGCUCAGGGAUCCCGACUCGCACAUUGUGAAAAAAAUAAAUAGCCUGAAUAAGUCCGCGCUCAAGUACUACCAGCUCUUCCUAGACUCCCUGAGAGACCCAAACAAAGUCUUCCCUGAGCACAUUGGGGAAGACGUCCUCCGCCCUGCUAUGUUAGCUAAGUUCCGGGUAGCUCGUCUGUAUGGCAAAAUCAUCACUGCAGAUCCCAAGAAAGAGCUAGAGAAUUUGGCAACAUCUUUGGAACAUUACAAAUUUAUUGUUGAUUACUGUGAAACUCACCCCGAGGCUGCCCAGGAAAUAGAAGUUGAGUUAGAACUUAGUAAAGAGAUGGUCAGCCUUCUCCCGACAAAAAUGGAGCGGUUCAGGGCCAAGAUGGCCCUGACUUAAGCCUUGGUCCAAAGGAAAGGAAACACAGCCCGAAGCCGCUCCCCUCCCCAUAGCGAACGAGGCCCAGCCCCAUGGUCACCUUCAUGCCAGGGCCAGAGGGAUACACUCUGAGCUCCAGAAGCAGUCAGGUGCCCGAGUCUAUACUAGGACCUUAAGCACCAUAAAUUAACUAAUAAUUUAUACCUAAUUAUGUAAGUUGCCUUGCUAAAGUGACAGGUGUUUUGCAUUUUCGAUGGCUUGUUUUCCUGUUUCAGUCUAAACUUCCGCUGCCUUGAUUUCUAAAUGUUAAGUCCUUGUUGACUUGUACUUGCUCAGUUUCGUACUAGGAGCAGCACUGGGCAGUGUACCCAGUAGAAGAGCUUCUUACUGUGUUGAGUGUGAGAAAGUCACUUCAGAUUGUCAUUCUUUGUAAAAUACUUACUUUCUUAAACUCCAAAAUAAAUCUUUCCCUUUUAAAAAUACUAAAAACUUAAGUUAAUUAAUAAUGUUGCAAAAUGGCUUAUCUCAAUUAUAGGACUGAAGACCUUGCUCAUAAUAAAUUUACUUAUUUCAACUAGUAAA